GCCAGUGCGUGGAAGAUCCCCUGUGCAGCAGAACUUUUUCUUUUUUUACUUUAAUAGCCAUCCCUUGAUCCUGCGGGCCAUGCUCUAAUCUGAUCCGAUCGCAUUCCGGUUCCGUUUAUUUAUUUGCCAAUUUUUGUCAGGCAGUUUUUAAACAGAAUUUUGCCAUGGAGGCUCCUCCAGUCACCACAAUGCCUGUAUCUGGAGGCACUAUUAACAUGAUGGAGUACUUGUUACAAGGUAGUAUCCUUGACCAGGGUCUAGAAAGCCUCCUCCAUCGUUUACGUGGUUUAUGUGACAACAUGGAACCUGAGACCUUUGCAGAUCACGAGAGUGUCUACCUUCUCAAGGGUCAGCAGGCCAGCCCAUUUGUGCUACGUGCACGUCGUCCUUUAGAUCGGCCAGGCGCUCCUUGGCACCUUAGGUAUUUGGGUCAGCCUGAAGCUGGAGACCGAAGCCGCCACACAUUAGUGCGUAAUUGUGUUGACAUUGCCACCUCGGAUGUUCUUCCUGAAUUUCUGCAGGAGAUGGGCUUCCGUAUGGACCAUGAGUUUGUGGCACGAGGCCACUUGUUCCGGAAAGGGGUUAUGAAGGUGGCAGUGUACAAGGUGUUUCGUGUACUGGUGUCCGGAGCAGCAGAGGGAGCUGAACCCUUGUCACUUUCAUAUCUUGUAGAGCUCAGUGCAGUGGCACCAGCUGGUCAGGACAAUAUAGCUGAUGAAGUCCGAGGGUUUGCUGAACAGCUCAGGCCACUCGUGCAGCUGGAGAAAAUAGACCCUAAACGUGUCAUGUGAAGGGGACAUGUUAAAACCAUUCACAUAUGUUUCUGGCAAAAACAGUUUACACUGCCAUAAUUGGUUUGGCUCAUAAACAGGGAUGGUAUGACAGCUCUCUUAAAGAGACAAAUGCCAAGUUCUGCUGUUUUCACUGUGACAUAUGACAGUAUAUUUUGCUAUAUUGUGCAGAACCAGAAUAGAAAGCUCUUUUAUUAAAUGUUUUACAUUUUUU